GAACGAUGAGGGGUUUGGGAUUGAACACUAGGAAACGUGGAGUUUAGCAGCUACACCUGUGAUUUGAGUGAAUUUGGUUAAAAUGUUUGUUAGUCGGAUUUCUGUCUGUUACAGGAUCUUGUAGUUUGGAACGAUAAAGUCUAUAAAAGGACAAAGAAAGACCACAAAAGUGUGUAAACAUCAGUGUUGUUAGUUAGCGAGGAAGUAAAUCGAUGGGGAAGAAACGAGCCAAAGCCCGAGGCAAGGAUCCCGAGGAGGACUUGGACAGCUCUGCAGACCUGAUAGGUGUGAAGUGUACGCACAUCCGUAAAGGAACGGACCCGAGCUGGCUGAGGAAGACGAGCAUAGACGAGAGCUGGGACGUGUGCGAAGAGUGUGAGACGUGCGAGCGGAAGAAAGAGUCUAUUGACAAAGAUGCUCAAGAAAUGUCAACGAUAUGGAUGUGUCUCAAAUGUGGUCACAGAGGUUGCGGGAGGUUCUCAGAGAACCAACACGCUAUUAAACACUACGAGACGCCACGUUCAGAACAGCACUGCCUGGUGCUCAGCCUGGACAACUGGAGUGUGUGGUGUUAUAUCUGCGAUGACGACGUGUCCUACUCCAGCACAGGACAACUGGCUCAACUCAUUUCCAACAUCAAGAAACAAAUGCAGGACGAAUCCAGACACAAAGCUGUCACUAGGAGUAAGUGCCAUAGUGACUUGAUGUACAGAGCAGAAGCAGAAGAAGAGAAAAACACUUCAAGCGAGACCGUGCAGGAAAACGAGGCUGAAAAAGAGCAAGAAAAUAAAGAAGAGCAGAAAGAAAACAAGAAGUGUGUGAAGCAAAAUGACCAAGAAGCACAAUCCCGCACGGUGCCUGUGCGAGGCCUCAGCAACCUCGGCAACACGUGCUUCUUCAACGCCGUAAUGCAGAAUCUGUCGCAGACGUUGCUGCUGCGUGAACAACUCGGUGACUUCCGGGACGAAGAAAAGAGCGUGUUGAUCACACCGUCAUCAUCCUCACAACUAGAUCCUCUUCAGGUGCAGUUACCGAGACCCGGCUCUCUCACCCUGGCCAUGUGCCAGCUGCUCAAUGAAAUCCAGGUGACCAGAAAAGGCGUGGUGACCCCGUGCGAGCUCUUCACGCAAGUGUGUAAAAAGGCGGCAAGAUUUAAAAGUUUCCAGCAGCAGGACAGUCAGGAGCUCCUGCGCUACCUGCUGGACGGAAUGGAAGCCGAGGAGAACAUCAGAGUAACUUGCGGAAUCUUGAAUGCGCUGAAAAGUUCAGGGAAAACCUCCGAGCCGGAGCAAAAGAAAUUAGUAAAAGAAUAUAAGAGCAACGGUGUGACGAAGAGUUUUGUGGAACGUGUGUUUGGCGGAGAGUUGACCAGCACCUUGAUGUGUACGGACUGUAAGACUGUUUCCAUGGUUACUGAGGUGUUUCUCGAUCUCUCGCUACCUGUAGCUAAUGAGGCUUACAGGAAAAAGAAGGUUGGCGGUCAGCAGAAGAAGAGCGAAAGCACGGAAAGUUUGCCGAGCGUUGAGACUCCAUUGACCAAUGGAGAUGAAGAUAUGCCGACGGGAGCGGGAAGCAAGUACCAGCAAAAGAAAGCUAAGAAGCAGGCGAAGAAACAGGCUAAGACCCAGCGGCGCCAGCAAAAGCAAAGCACAAAGUUCACGCUGGAUUUGCUGACCAAUCAGAGCGAAGAUGCGGAUUCUCCGGAAGCCUCGUCCCUGAGCACGGGCGAGCAGCAGAAAGCUGAAACCGAAAGCGGAGCCGAAGAGCUCAUGACGCCUGCUAAUGAAGAGAGAGAGGAGGAGGAUGAAGAAGGAGAAAGCGAAGCACCGAAUUCCUCCUCUAACAGAUUCAUCAGCCUAUCAGACCAGGGAACAGGGAACCCGGAGGUGGAAGAGGAAGACGGCCACAGAGAGGCGACUCUAACCAAGAGCGUGAGAGCACUGUCCAUCUCUGAGGUGGAGCCUGAGGUGGAGUCAGGGGCGGAGUCAGAGAUGGAACUGGGGACGGAGUCAGGUUUUGUGGCGGUGAACGCAGACCCGAUUGCUGCGUUCUCAACUCUGUCCAGCAGGGCGGCUCUGAACAACUCUGAGAGCUCAGUGGAGUCGUGUCUCCAAGAGUUCACACAGGUGGAGCAACUGACACACCCCAACAGCCUGCUGUGUGUGACCUGCAGCCAGAGAGCCUCACACGGUGGUAAGAAGAAGGUUUACACUGAGGGAAUAAAGCAGAUGCUGAUCUCUUCCCCUCCUCCUGUACUCACUCUUCACCUAAACAGGUUCAAGAAGGUGGGUUACAGUUUGUGUAAAGUCAACAGGCAUGUACAGUUUCCUCAGGUUCUGGAUCUCGGUCCAUUCUGUUCCACCAAAUGCAAGGGAGUGAAGGAAGGACAGACACAGCUCCUCUACUCUCUCUAUGGUAUCGUGGAGCACAGCGGCACCAUGCGCUCGGGUCACUACACAGCAUUCGUCAAAGCCCGACCUUACACACACGCUAGCAGCGGUUUGCUAAACGUAGCGGCAGAAGAAGGGACGCCUCUGGAAGGUUCUUGGUUCUACGUCAGUGACAGCAGCGUGCAGUCGGUCACAGAGGCUCGAGUGCAGUCGUCGCAAGCCUACCUGCUCUUCUACGAGAGGAUCUCUUAAGUCCAAGACGUCCACGCUCUGGUGAAACACUACAUCAGAGAGGGUCGGACGAAACCAUUCACAGAGCUGCUGCUUUCUAACGGGUCAAACGAUUUCUGUCAAAUCAGGAAAAUCUGACAGCCAUAAAGAAUCGUUCAUAUAUAAGGGCUUUCUGUGAAAUUUGUUUCCUGUCAAUUUGUUUUGUUAAACCUGUAACUACUCAAAUUCUAAUGCGAGUCAUUCCCCACAGCUGCUCACCACAAUAACUAAUUUCCGUGAUCAGUUUUAACAGCUGAAACUUUUUUUCUGGUUCUGAAGCUUAAACAUAUUGCACUUGAUUGAUUAGAUUUGUUUCUUAGCCCCAGCCCUUUUAGCCAUCCAGUUAGUCCUGAAAACGUUGUGAAGUGAUGAAUCUGUAAUUUCAGACCUGAUGUUAGCGUAAUUUUUGUGUUGCAUCGAAUUCCUUUUCACAGGGGAUUCUCGACAUCUCCAGGUUUUUCCACAUGGGACAGAACUGCAGUCAUGCAAUGAGCAAGAAAACCUGACUUGCCUAUAAAUGCAAUGACUU